CGCGCGCGCGUAGUGAACGUCGCCGCAGUUCGGCCCCUCGCCUUCUGGGACAGGGUUGUUCCCUCGUUGCUGCUGCGAUCCACGGAUUCCAGAUCAAAGUUGAAAAAAUGGUUGACACUGCUCAGCUAAUGGAAAAUAAAGUAUUCAUGGCCUUUACCUCUUAUGCAACGAUUAUUCUUUCAAAAAUGAUGUUUAUGAGUAUUGCAACUGCAUUCUAUAGAGUGACAAGAAAGGUUUUUGCCAACCCAGAAGACUGUGCAAGUUUUGGCAAAGGAGAAAGUGCCAAGAAAUAUCUUCGGGUAGAUGACAGAGUAGAACGCGUACGAAGAGCCCAUCUGAAUGACCUUGAAAAUAUUGUACCAUUUCUUGGCAUUGGUCUUCUGUAUUCCUUAAGUGGCCCAGACCUCUCAACAGCUAUCCUGCACUUCAGACUCUUCGUUGGAGCACGGAUCUACCACACAAUUGCAUAUUUGUUACCCCUUCCUCAGCCAAAUCGUGGUUUGGCUUUUUUUGUUGGUUAUGGAGUUACUUUUUCAAUGGCUUACAGGUUGCUGAAGAAUAGAUUGCUCCUAUAAGGAGAAUCAUGCAACUCAUCCAAUUAUUUUCUAAGAAUUCUGUACUUCCAAUUUAUAAUGAAUACUUUUUAAGAUUUUUAAGUGGGAGGCAACAGAGAAAUUAAGAUGGGGAAAGCCUCGUCUGAAUAUUAACAUCACUGAUAUCCUUUAUUCUUGUGCUAUAUUUGUGCUAGAAGCUUAAUGUAACACUUAAAUCUUUUGUCUUAUUCUUAAAAUACUUUGUUGUAAAUUUUGAUUGCAAUCUGUAACAUUCAGUCACCAUUUCAUAUUUUAAAUCUAUAAAAAGAGUGAGUGCAUAUAUGAGAAGUUAGUAUUUCAAUAUUGCUGAAAUAGGUAUAUGAAAUAAAGGAGUUAAAGAAUAAUUUGGUUUGAUUUUACACUUCCCAACUUGUAUUUUCAAAAGUUUCAAACCUGUGGAAAAGUGAGAAAGUCAUACAAUGAACCUAUAUAUGUCUUUCACUUAGAUUUACUAAUUUUUAACAUUUUGCCAUAUUUGCUUUAGUUGUAUCGAUGUUUUUUUCUGAACAAUCUGAGGGUAAGUUGCAGAUAUCAAUAUACUUCAUUCUGAAAUGAUUCACCAUGUGUUUCCUUUGGACAAGACAAUCUCUACAUAACCAUUAUACCAUUAUCACACCCAAGAAAUUUAAUAUUAAAAUAACAUUAAUUAAUAUAUAUGAUUCAUAUUCAAAUUUCCCCAAUUUUCUUAAUAAUGUCCUUUAUAAUGGCACUAUUUUUGAUCCAGAAAUUAAACAAGAACCACACAAGCAUUUUGUUAUCAUCUCUAUUUAGUUUUCAAUAAAAUAAAAGAGUUCUUUAACUUUUUCUUCUUUGCUUUUUAUGACCUUCCCACCUUUUGAGGAGGGUAAACUGGGUGUUUUACAGAGUGACGCUUAAUCUGGCUUUAUUAUUUCUGUUGUUUACUCAUUUUUAGACUCAGAUUACACAUUUUUGGUGAUGCUGUGUCUCUCACAUUACAGCACAUCAAUAGGCAUAUAAUGUUGGUUUGUUCCAUUAUUGGUGGUGGUAAAUUUGAUCACUUUAGUAAGGUAUUAUCAAUCAGCAUUAUCAAUUGUAAAGGUAUAUUUUUAUCUGUAUAAUCAUGCGGGUUGUUAAAUUGAGAAUUUGCAAAUCCUGCUCUCCUAUAAACGUUCACCUAAAUGGGUUUAGUAUCUAAUCCUGUUCACUUGGUUUCUACAUAAAAAUAUAAGUAUAUAAAUAUAAAACUUUAUAAAAAUUAUAUAAGUAUACAAAUUUAAUGUAUACUUAUAUAUACAUAAUGUAUACUCACAUGCUAUAAACACACAAAUUUAUCCACACAAAUUUAGAUUUUUUAGUCUUAAUUGGAAUUAUGUGUACUUAAACCUUUAUAAUAAAGUAUGAUCUU